AUGUCUUCCCGCGAAAACCAAGACACUUCCGCCCCAAUGGCCCAACAACAGCCGCAGCAACAGCAACAACAACCACAACAACCACACCAACAGACACAACAGCAGCAACAGCAACAGCAACAGCAACAACAACAACAACAGGCUCAGCAGACGACGCAACAGCAACAAUCCCCUCAACAGCAAUCCCAACAUUCACCACUGCAUCAGCAACAGCACCAGCCUCAGCCUCAGCAAUCCCAGCAGGGCCCGCAACGGUCUCCAUCUCUACAGCACCAAUCUCCAGCGCAUGUCCAGCAAUCCCCCGUCCAGCCCUUCCAUCCACCGCUGAGCUCUCCCGCAGCCGUCCAGCAGGCAGCAGCAGCGGCAGCAGCCGCCGCCGCGGCAUCUGUCAUCGCUCCAGUACCUCUGCCACAGAAUGGGAGCAAUGGCGCAGCCCUAGGUGUCACGGAGAUCUUGGUGUGUCAGUGGCAGGGUUGCCAAGAAAGGUUGCCCACUGCUGAAGCUCUAUAUGAACAUGUCUGCGAACGCCACGUAGGGCGCAAGAGCACCAAUAACCUAAAUCUGACCUGUGGAUGGGCAAAUUGCCGGACAACCACCGUCAAACGUGACCACAUUACAUCGCAUAUCCGCGUCCAUGUGCCCCUCAAGCCUCACAAAUGUGACUUCUGCGGGAAGGCUUUCAAACGCCCGCAGGACUUGAAGAAGCAUGUCAAGACUCAUGCAGAUGACUCAGUCCUCGUGAGGUCUCCAGAGCCUGGACCUGGAACCAGGCCACCCAAUGGAAUGUUUGGGGUUGGUGUUGGUGCUGAUGGAAAAUCCCACUAUUUCGAAGGCUCCUUAGGACACGUUCCCGGCCAAGGUUACCCGCACGGAGCACCACAAUACUAUCAAACCCCCCACCAACAACACCCCUCCAACCCCUCAUACGGGAAUGUGUACUACGCCGUAGGCAACGACUCUCACCAGACCUCCUACGAGUCCAAAAAGCGCGGCUACGAUGCCCUGAAUGAGUUUUUCGGAGACUUGAAACGCCGUCAGUUCGACCCCACCUCCUACGCGGUUGUUGGACAGCGUCUCUUAAACCUGCAUGGUCUGCCACUACCCCUUGUCAACGGCGCUGCUGGCGCCGUCCAUGAGUACCAGACACAGCCCAUGCCGGCUAUGGUCUCCGUCGGCCACGGUGGCGGCCAUAGCGGGGGUGGUGGCUACCAACCCGCCAGCCCCAUGCAGUCCUACCACCUGCCACCGAUGGGCAACCUGCGCACCAAGGCUGACUUGAUGAACAUUUGA